CUUCAGAGUGAUCAGCUCAUGUGACUUAACGUCAUUUUAUCUACACAAAAACGCCCAAAUUUUACUUUCCAACUUAAAAUUCUCCUUUAAAUAAUAAAUUAUUAAUCAAUCGCACUUGAUUAAUAAAUAGUUAAUUAAUUAAAAAUCUGAUUAAAUAAUUAAAAGUGUUAAUAAAUAAAAAAUGGGUGCUGCAGCUCUUCCAGUGUGUAUUUUUACAUUAUUUUGGGGUGUAAUUGGAAUUGUUUUACCUUUUUUUGUUCCCAAGGGCCCUAAUCGGGGGAUUCUACAAGUUAUUUUGAUGCUGUCAGCAUUUACUUGCUGGCUAUUCUGGCUAUGCUGUUAUAUGGCACAAAUGAAUCCAUUGAUUGGACCAAAACUAUCUAAUGCCACUUUGCUACUGAUGGCACGUGAAUGGAAUGGAAAAACCAUCACCGCUUAAAUGUGUUAUUUAAAGUAAAAUAAUAAAAUAUAUUUAAUUUACCAAUUAUGAAAAAAAAAAAUAAAAAACAAUAAUAAUAAUUGCCAUUAUUAAUUAAAUGAAGUAUUUACGUGUAAAUAAUUUAAAAUAGCGUUUGAAAAAAUAUGUAUUAUCAUUCCGUAUCAACAACGUUAAAUGUACAUUUUAUUUUUGAAAUUAGCUCAUUUAAUUUGUGUUAAAAAUAAUAAUUAUAAAAAAAAAUGUUCAAAUGAUUAAUUAUAUGUAUAA